UAAAAUUCUCUCCUCUAUCUUAUUUAAGCUCCAAAUUUCAUACACAAAAUAAUUUGAGUUAAAAAUAAUGGCAGCAGCCACAUCUUUUACUACACCAAAACUAACUUCACCAUCAUCAACUCUUCUCCAAUCCCUCUACAAAAAAUUCCCAAUCACAGUCCCUUUCACUUCCUCCUCAUUCCUCUCCUUCCCCAAAACCCUACCCUCUCUCCCUACCUCCAAUCUCCACCACCGUCGUCAUUUCGCCGCCGUUGUUCGCGCCGACUCCACUAAUGGCGCGGAACCUCGCCACUACGAUUUUGACCUUUUCACCAUCGGCGCCGGCAGCGGCGGUGUCCGCGCUUCUCGCUUUGCUACCAGCUUUGGCGCCACGGCCGCUGUCUGUGAGCUUCCUUUCUCCACCAUAUCUUCCGAGACCACCGGAGGCGUUGGCGGCACGUGUGUCCUACGUGGAUGUGUACCGAAGAAGCUGUUAGUGUAUGCUUCGAAGUAUUGGCAUGAGUUUGAUGAGAGUCAUGGAUUUGGAUGGAGUUAUGAGACUGAUCCGAAGCAUGAUUGGAGUACUUUAAUGGCGAAUAAAAAUGCUGAACUUCAGCGGCUUACUGGAAUUUACAAGAAUAUUUUAAAGAACAAUGGUGUCACUUUAAUUGAAGGUCGCGGAAAGAUUGUAGACCCGCAUACGGUUGAUGUUGAUGGAAAACUUUACUCUGCAAGGCAUAUAUUAAUUUCAGUUGGGGGGAGACCAUUUAUUCCUGAUAUCCCGGGAAGUGAAUAUGCGAUAGAUUCUGAUGCUGCCCUUGAUUUGCCUUCGAAGCCUGAGAAAAUUGCAAUAGUUGGUGGAGGUUACAUUGCCUUGGAGUUCGCUGGUAUUUUUAAUGGUUUGAAAAGUGAUGUUCAUGUAUUUAUCCGGCAGAAGAAAGUACUGAGGGGCUUUGAUGAAGAGAUUAGAGAUAUUGUUGCAGAACAAAUGUCUCUAAGAGGAAUUGAGUUCCACACGGAGGAGUCGCCUCAGGCUAUUAUUAAAGCAGUAGAUGGUUCUCUCUCACUGAAGACCAACAGAGGAACAAUUGAGGGCUUCUCACAUGUUAUGUUUGCAACUGGAAGGAAGCCUAAUACUAAGAACUUGGGUUUGGAGACAGUGGGAGUAAAAAUGAGCAAGAAUGGAGCAAUAGAGGUUGAUGAAUACUCGCGCACAUCGGUUCCUUCAAUUUGGGCAGUUGGAGAUGUUACAGAUAGGGUGAAUUUGACUCCGGUUGCUUUGAUGGAGGGAGGUGCAUUGGCCAAAACUCUGUUUGCAAAUGAGCCAACAAAACCUAAUUAUAGAGCAAUUCCAUCUGCUGUUUUCUCGCAGCCGCCAAUUGCCAGUGUUGGUGUCUCCGAAGAGCAGGCAAUUAAAGAAUUUGGUGAUGUUGAUAUCUUCACAUCAAACUUCAAGCCUUUGAAGGCCACCCUCUCAGGGCUGCCAGAUCGUGUUUUCAUGAAAUUGAUAGUCUGUGCAAAGACGGACAAAGUCGUGGGGCUGCACAUGUGUGGAGAAGAUGCAGCAGAAAUUAUGCAGGGAUUUGCUGUUGCAGUGAAAGCUGGUUUGACUAAGGCAGACUUUGAUGCUACAAUCGGUAUUCACCCAACAGCAGCUGAGGAGCUGGUCACAAUGAGGACUCCUACACGGAAGAUACGAGGAGAUUCUCCCUCCGAGGGAACAACGGGUCGUGAGGCUAAAGCUGCGGCAGGACUUUAGACUAAAUCGUGAGGUACCAUAUUGCAGCUCCAUUAUGUGUGCAGGUGCUAUUCAAGAGAUUUGUUAUGAAAAAUCUGGCUCAGGAAAGGGUAGAAGUGAACGGUGGCGUAAAAUCGUGCUUAUGAAGACACUCAAAAUGGCUGGUCUAUCCUGUGGAGCAGAAGACUUGUAUCAUAUUGCUGGGAUUUCUGAGCUUCCAAGGAUGAGAAUGAGAUUGGAAAUUGUAAGCGGAGAAAUAUUUUUGAUAGUGUUUUUUGGAUCUUAUGCAGAAAGCACUUGUUCAUUAGUUAAACUACACUUCAAUAAUUAUUUGUGUUUGUUUAUCAGAAAUUACUUAAAAAUGAAAUGAGAUUAUAUUUUUGAUAAGAAUUAAA